CUAGGGCUUUGCUUUCCUCAAAAAGCCCCUUUUAUCAUCCGGAAGCAAAACCAUCAAAAUUAGAGAGGUCAAAAAUCACUGGAUUCUUCAAAAUUAUGGUGAUGGAACGACCAACCCUAAAAUCAUCAGCAUCAAAUGGAAAGGACAGUGACAACGGAGGGGGAGGAGGAGGAGGAGUGCAAAAGAAGAGGAAGCUACCAACCCCAAAAGAGCUGAUAGCACACUACGAGUCUCAAGGCAUGAAGAACGAAGAAGCUUCGGUGAAGGUCAUCGACGAUCUCCAGAAGGCACUGUUCCGAGUUGUGACUAUGUCCACGCCUCCUCGUGAAGCUAAAGAGAAGUCCACCUCCAUGGCCGAAACAUCGAAGAAGCUGGAUGUUAUAAACUCGCGGCUGGUGAGGCUUGACAUGAAAAUGGACGCCAAGCCUGGUUACGGUGAGGCUUUGGCGAUUGGGGUUGCUUCCGGCGCCGUUUUGCGCGGGAUUGGGGCUGUGUUUCCUCAUGUUGUUGGUGCUGUGUCACACAUCUGGAACUCCGUCCGCAACAUUACUAAUUCUACUACUACAAAUAAUUAGUAGUAGUAGUACAUGAAUGAAAGAAUCUGUGUCUUAUCUUUUUCUUUCUUUUCUUUUCUUUUUUUCUUCUUCUUCUUUCUUGGUUUUUGUUGCAAAUUCAAUUUUUUUAGCGUAUGUAGUUCUACUGUACUACUUUAUUCCUGUUUUUUUAGUUGAAUACCUGUUGCUCCUUUCUUACUUAAACUUUUUAUCAUAAUUUUACCUACUUUUUGUGCUCUCUCUCUCUCUCUCACACACCACAUAUGUUUUUUCCCAUCUUCUUGAUUUAACAAAGCCUCACACUUUCACUAUUCAGCUUCUAAGGAAGGGUGUAAUUUGGUUUGACGCAACAAUCCCACUGCUAUUAAUUCAGUCUUCCAUUUUUCAUAACAGAUUUGUUUGGAUGCACAGGAGAGAAAUGAAAAGAAAAGAAAAGAAAAAAAAAAAAAAAAAAAAGAAAGAAAAA